UUCCGGGACAAGAACAAGAAGAUCAAGGCGCGCGAGGAGCUCAAGGCCUUGAGAUACUAUACCAAUGGUAGCUGGCGUAGCUUCUACGUCAAGUUCUUGGCUACAGCGAACGACGCUAAGAUCCCCAAGCGGGAUUGGAAGGAAGAGCUCUAUGACAAGGUGCCCGUGGAGAUGAAACGUACAGUGGCCACGCAGCGCUUUGCCGAAGAAGUAAGCUUCGAUACCUUUGCGGCAGCACUUGGCGACAUUGCGGUAGUGGAAGAGGCCUAUGCGAAGACCUUGACGAAGAAGGACAGCAAGAGGACCAGCAAGUUACAGACCGGCAAGAGCGAUGGGGCUGCCACUGGGAAGAAGGACAUCAAGAAGUCAACAACUUCAACACCCAAGUACCCGAAGAUCAAGAUUGAUGGCAAAUGGACCUUCAAGGACCCAGAGGUCCGCAAGCUAGCCGAAGAAGGGAGGUGCUUCAAGUGCAAGAAAGUCGGCCACACCCACCAGGAGUGUCCGGAGGGG